CCGGCCGUGCAACACGUAAUGACAAGCUGAUGGCCUCGUUCGUCUGGUUGCUGGCGGCUUGCUGCCUCCGAGCCGUCGCCGCUGGCAAUCCUGACGCGAAACGCCUUUACGACGAUCUGUUGUCGAACUACAACAAACUAGUGAGGCCUGUAGUCAAUACAACGGAUGUGCUUCGAGUCUGCAUUAAGCUUAAAUUGAGCCAGCUUAUCGAUGUCAAUCUAAAGAACCAGAUAAUGACAACAAACCUAUGGGUAGAGCAGUCCUGGUAUGACUACAAACUACGGUGGGAGCCCCGGGAAUAUGGCGGAGUCCACAUGCUUCAUGUACCUUCAGAUCACAUCUGGAGACCAGACAUCGUACUUUAUAACAAUGCCGACGGCAACUUCGAGGUAACGCUGGCAACGAAGGCGACCAUCUACCACAUGGGGCUAGUGGAAUGGAAGCCACCAGCCAUUUACAAGUCUUCGUGCGAAAUCGACGUCGAAUAUUUUCCGUUCGACGAGCAAACGUGCGUCCUAAAGUUCGGUAGCUGGACGUACGACGGAUUCAAGGUGGACCUUCGGCACAUGGAUGAGCAAACGGGGAGCAAUAUCGUCUCUGUGGGGGUCGAUCUGUCAGAAUUCUACAUGUCUGUUGAAUGGGAUAUUCUUGAAGUGCCUGCUGUAAGAAACGAAAAGUUCUACACCUGCUGUGACGAGCCCUACCUGGACAUCACCUUCAACAUCACCAUGAGGCGAAAGACUCUCUUCUACACUGUGAACAUCAUCAUACCAUGCAUGGGCAUCUCAUUUUUAACCGUGCUCACUUUUUACCUGCCUUCAGAUAGUGGAGAAAAGGUAACGUUAUCAAUAUCAAUACUCAUCAGUCUCCACGUGUUCUUCCUUCUGGUUGUGGAGAUCAUACCUCCCACUUCCCUGGUGGUACCUCUUUUGGGAAAAUACCUCAUCUUCGCUAUGAUCCUGGUAUCAAUUAGUAUAUGUGUAACUGUGGUUGUGCUGAAUGUCCACUUCCGGUCGCCACAAACUCACCGAAUGGCGCCGUGGGUGAAACGAGUGUUCAUACACAUCCUUCCAAGACUGCUCUUCAUGAAGCGUCCUCAGUACAAGUUCGAUACUACCAGAUCUCGCUUUACAACAUGCGGUGUUGUAGUCCGCUGUGGUGGUACAGCAAAACCUCUUUAUCCGUACCGACUCGCGGCGGCUGAUGACGACUGCUGCGCUCCGGGGGCAUGGCCCCCACCUGCCACGCCCCUUAGACCCCUCACGAGGACCCCGAGUAAAGAGGACCUAACUCAUACUACGUAUGUUCAGUCUGGGGUUAGUGACAGCAAUCGUUUCGGUGGAAGCUGCGUGGUCCACGGAUCCACGGAGGGCGGAGUACUAGGGGCUCCUGAGGAGGAGGCUCUAAGCCCAGUACCGGAUCCCCCACCGGGCUUCAGUCAUUCCUCCUGCCCGCCCGAAGUGCAUAAGACAUGCUUUUGUGUGCGCUUUAUCGCCGAACAUACGAGGAUGCUUGAAGAUUCUACUAAGGUAAAAGAAGAUUGGAAAUAUGUAGCGAUGGUGCUAGACAGAUUAUUCUUAUGGAUAUUCACACUGGCAGUUCUCGUUGGGACAGCGGGAAUCAUAUUACAAGCCCCGACGCUUUACGACGAUAGAGUGCCAAUAGACAAGCAUUUUAACCAAAUCGCCACAUCCACACUUGUGAGGUGUCCACCGCCAUCGUAAAUGUGAAAUGUGAUGCAAGAAUACGCCAUAGAUAUCUUAUUUAAUCUAAUAAAUACAAUUUAAAUUGAUUUUAUAACAAUUUCUGUUAGUGAAAAAUUUUGUAAUCGUUAAGGAAAAACACCGAAUUAGGAAUAAUUGUCUCACAUACGUAGGAAAUUAUUAAUUUAAAAAUGUGUGAAAUGUGACAAAUUCAAGCACUCUGUUCUAUAGAAAAAUAUUGUCCAUUUGACUAUGAGAAUGAGUUGUCAUUCAUUUCAGAAGUUUAGACUUCUUUAUAGCUAAGUUUAGGCAAUUAACAGGUUGUGGAACAUAUAUAAUUUGUCUGUCUCAUAUUAUUUUCUUAUAUCUUUUGUUUCUUCUGGCUUCUGUGGCGUAGUCUUGUAGGAUAUCGGAAUAGAACCCAAAACCAUGUCCGCACCGUCCCUCGUGUUCUAUUCCACGACACUCUAUCUCUAUCAUACUCUGAUUGUCUUGCAAUUUAAAUAGUCUAAGAAUUAUAAUUAACAUAUUUAAAUAUUGAAAAUUAAUGGAGGUUUUUUUAUAGAAUUGAUUUUGAGAGUUUCGUAAAACAUUCUUUAUCUAUAGCUGACUUCAAAUUAGAGUCGGAUAUCUGGGUAUGUCAUAAUUAGAUCUUAAAAAUAAUUGGGCAGUUCAGAAAAACACCGAUUCGGUCCAGACGUUGUCCAUGGUCGCACUGCAAGAAGGGUUGCGUGAAGUUUGCCAGAAAAGACAUUCCUACUAAUUGAGAACUUUCCUUUUUGAAGUCGGCUAACAUCAUUUUUUUUAUUAAUAAUCAAUACUCUUGAGAUAUAAAUGUAGUUGUUUCUUCAAUUUGUACUUUUACCUAAGUAGUUUUUUCUCCUUAAUAUACAUAAAAAUAUAAUCUAAAUAUUACCUCAUAAGCAAUAAAUAAACAGCUGCCCUUAUACAAAUAUUCCUAAUAAUCAUAGAUUAUUAACAGCCGUACAGUCCUAUUUAAAAGAGUAAUCUCUAAUACAUAGUAAUGAUUUUCUACCGUAUGUCAAAUUAAAUACGUUUUUGUAAUACGGAGGUUAUAGUUACUACCUCCCGACUCUCUCGUGUAAUGAAUAAAAGCAUAUGGCAUCUUUUUAAUUUCUUAUUUCUGGGAAACUUAUAUCAAUGUAUGUUUCUACUUAUUAACUGUAUACUGGAUUGAGUACGGCUGUUAGUUACUCUAAUUUUAAGUUAGAACGAGUGAAUAUGUUUUAUACCUUUCAGUAGAAUUUAAGUAGCCAAUAUUAGCACAGAGUUUAUGGUCCUUUUAACGGCUUUUUCCUCAUUAAGAGAUAAUGCUGUCAAGUAAUAAAGCCACAAAUAAUACCUAUUGUAACUUCGUUUUAAAAUGUAAUUUUGAUCGCACAGUCUUUGACUGGUUAGUCUAAAGCAAUCUAAUCACGUUUAAAAUUAUGUAAUUAACUUUGUUUUACCAAAUUAAAAAAAAUAAUGAAUAUCACAUGUCAACAAACUUGGCAGGAAAUUUCCAUAACAUAACCAAGUUAAAAUAGUUAAAUUAGUUAACGUUGGUUGCUUAACGAGGAAACGGAUCGUUAAACGUAGUGAACACCUUAAUACACUUUUAAAUAACUAUGUAUACCUAUGCUCUUUCUAGUUUAAGUAUAAUAGAUAUUUCUUAGUAGUUCUCUUCUAUAUUUCUCUACUUUGUCGUAGAAUAGAACAUGUACAAAUCGAUUUUAUUACAUAUAUGUAGUUCAAUGACUACAGUCACUCUUACAUUCAGCUUGACGGUACACUCCAAAUAAUUACGGCAAUCACCAAAAGGAAUUUAUUGACAAUAAUGUUUUAUUUUAAUUUUGGUUGGCGAUUUUAAAUCAAUACGACCAAUUCUGUCGUUAGACUGUAAGUGGUCUAGAGUCGAUUCAAAUGCUACGAACCAAUUGUUUCCCUAUCCAAAGCAUAUCUUUAGGCCUUAGUGCCUAGUAAAAUCUUAUAGCGGCGAAAAAACGGUCACGAAAGCAUUGUUCAAUACGUGCAGAAAAAAUUCUUUGAAAAUCGUUCCGCUCGAGCUGUCAAAAAUUAAUAUCUAUAUACACAAAUACGUUACAAACAAUAUAAGUUUAUUGUUAUAUAUUUAACGUACGUAAAGAGCGCAAAUGCCUCUACCUAUUUUACAGAAUGUUUACAGUUUUAUAUAAAACGUUAAAAUACAAAUAACAUUUAAAUAUAAACCUACUGUGUGGGGCCAGUGUUUUCGCGGAGUCUGCAGGUGACCACACUCCCUCGUACCAUACGAAGAAGAAAGAAAAUAUCCUAAGGAAACCGGCGUACCUUAGAUAAAAAAAAACGUACGGCUUGUCAGGUAGAAAAGGCAUAUUAAUAAAAUAAUGAUCACAAAUCAAAUUCAGAAAUCUGAGCCCUAGACAAAAAGGUUGUAUCGCCUUGUGCACGUUAUACUGAGGAUGUAAAUUAAAGUUUAAACUGUCCCGUUUGUUAAAUGUUCAUCUACACACAACGGCUAUUGUAGUGUCAACAUUCACUUUUAUUGUUUGAGCGAGUCGCUGAAUGUAGAGUAAAUUUCCAUGCUUAUGAUAAUAAGUACAAUAUAUCUAAAUAAGAUUGCUCAAUUUUGACAAAAACUUAGCAACAUUAACUGCUGUUGCACUAUCUAACUUAAGCCAUUGUGAAAUGAUCUUUCAUUUGAAUUCUCAUAUAUAAAACACUACUUACCCAGAGCUUGACAUAUUCGGUAGUGGGCUGAUCAAUUACAAAAAGCAUUGUGCCUAUCUGAUACCUAAUCCCCUGUUUGACUAGUCAUUUCUCGCUUAACAAUAGGCUAAAAAUUACUAGUAAAAUCUGAAAUUGAACGCGUUUUUUUUUUCAAUUGUAAUUUUCAAAUGUAAUUUAUUGUAACAUUUAUGGUUACAAUUGUUGUCAUAUUUUAUAUAAAAGAUAUCUCGUAAUAUAUAUACUAUAGAUAUGAUGGUGUGAAGUUGAAUUAAUAUAUUUCAUAGUUAGAUUGUGCAUACAGACAGUUAAAGCAAAAUAUUUGAAUGCAAUUUAUUUGAAGUUGAAGUGUUCUGGCUAGUUAUAACCUGCUCAAUGAAACUUAUUAUUUGAAACAGAGCUUAAAUUGUUUUGAAGUGCCAAAUUAGCAAGGGCAUAUCGUUAAUUUGUAAAUAAUUUGUAUAAAUUAUACAACAUUUAAGUUAAAACGCAAUUAAAUGAGAACGUAAUUAUUAUGUACAAAGGAAUAAAACAAUCGAAUAACAACGCAAAAUCUUUUUAUUUAUGUAUUAUAUUUAAAGCACUUUUGUAGUAAACUAGAACGGAUAGAUUAUACAAUAAAUAAUUAGGUAAUUUUACUGGUGCAUAGCUUUGUCUUGGUGCUUGAAUAUAAAUGAAAGCAAAAUUUAAUUCCCGUUCAAUGUGUUGUUCCAUACACCGAAUACGGAAUAAAAACGAUUGCUUUCUGAUUAAUCAACCCAAUUUUCGUUCAGUAAUCGGUUUGGAUGGAUAUUACAUAAAAAAGUUUGAAAUCAUUUGUGUAUAUAUAAAGUUUAAAAUUAAUUCUAAAAUUGUUCGUUGUAUCACUUUACAUUUGUAUAAAGGGAUUCAAAUAACGCACACAGAUAAUACUUUAAUAUACUGUAGGAUAAAAGCCUAAUUAAAUGUUAUUUUAAAUUUCGAAUAUGGAAUAGAUAUAUACCUAGCAA